UUUUUCCCAGAGGGGCGGCUGCCCUCUGGAAUAGGAGGCCUUUCAGCAGGCGAGGCCCCACGCGUGCCAUGUGCUGCUGGCCAGGGUGGCCAGUAUGGCCACCGACAUGCGUGCCUGUCCCAGCCCACCUAGGCCAGGGCUGGGCAGCUGCACCCAGGAACAGCUGGGGUCCUCCAGCUCUCAGAUGUCAGGCCCAGUCCUGUCUUAGCCACCUCCCUGCUCCCUCCAGGCACUAGCCUUCAGCCUUGCUCUCCAGCUGCCAGCACUCCCGGCCCACGCCCACUACCCACCACCCCGCCGUUGCCAGGAGAACCAGGAGAACCAUUCAGAGAUGCUGGAGCUGCCCCUCCCUCCAGAGGCAGCAGGCGGUCCAUGCAGGACGGUGGGGGCAGGGGCGGCCUCCCCUUCCCGAACUCCUGUGCCUAGAGAGGUCACACCCCGGGGUAGGGGGACAGCAGUCACUGGGCAGACGCUGGACCCAGGCAUCACACUGACACCUUAGUGACUCCUUUUAGCCCACAGCCUGGGAGCUGACUGUCCUUGUGGGACCACUAAUGGGGGGAUCAGGCCAACAUGAAAUGAACUUGCCCUGGGCCCUGCACCUAAGAGACCCACAAUGGGGCAGGUCCUGCCCUGUGGAGCUGAGGCUGUCUGUGAGCCACCCCUCUGCUGGGCUAGAGUAUUCCCUGGCUCAGCGUCAUAUUGGGGAAGGGACCAGCGGGGCUGGAAGAAGGAUGUCCCCAUGUGUUUAUAAAUGGGCCAUAUAUAUGCAGACCUGCCUGUAUGGACACAGGGCACAGGAGCGUGCCCUAGCCCAGGAGUGGCUAGGCAUCCUGGGGACAGGAGGCUGCAGACAUAGGGGCCAUCUGGCCCCAGGUACCUGUAGAGAGCUUGGCGCCUCCACCACCGCAACGCAGAGGCCCGUGGGGCGGGGCACAGCCCAUCUGCUCCGGCCUGGGCCCAAACUGAGGCGUGAAUUCCGGAGCUCUCCACAGCCUGGCCAGGGCUUGGGGCUCCUCCAAGGCCCCGCCAGGCCACCAGCUGCCCUGGGCAGGUGUCCUGGAGUUGGGGGCUGGCAGGACCAGCAGGUUGCUCCCUGGGCACAGGUCCCCUCCUCAGCCCCCAGGCCUACACCCUGAGGGAGCCAGAUCAUCACCCGAUGCCCUUCACAGCCCAAAACAGCCAGCGCACAACGCGGGUCACAGCGCGGCCCCUUUAAGUGCAGCCCCAUCGGCAGCCAUUGGGAGCAGCACUGAGCAGCCGGGCGGCCUCGGCACUGCUGCCUCGAAGCUUCUGCCGGUCCCGGGGACGCGGCAGAGCCGGGCGGUGGAGCCAGGCGGGCCUGCGCAGCCCAUCAGGCUGGGCCGGGAAUAGCAUCCAGGUGCGCCUGACGCCAGCAUGGAGCAAGUGCCUGCGCCCUGGGCCAAGGCCCUCAGCCAGGGCUGCUGUGUCCUCUGUGCCCCAGGACGAAAGCCCCGAAAGGCCGAGUGAGCUGCAGCCACCAGCCCGGGGACCUCUUUUAAGAUGACCCGCACGGACCCGCCAGAUCUGCUGGUGUCGACCGUGUACCAGGACAUCAAGGUGGCGGCCCCGGGGCCCGCGUCGAGGCGCCCGCCAUGUGAGCGCUCCAUGGCCCGGCCUGCUGCGCCUGCGCCUUUCAACAAGCGCCACUGCCGCAGCUUCGACUUCCUGGAGGCGCUGGACGGAGCGGCCAUGGAGGCCCAACCGGAGCCGCCGCCCCCGGAGCCCGCCGCGCAGCGCUCCCGGCCCCGCGACGGCGAGCCCCGGCGCCGCGCCCGCUCCAAGAGCGCGCCCCGCGCACCCCCGGGCCUGGCGCCCGCGCCUGCCUCGCCGCCCGUCCUGCCGCGCCGAGGCCGGGAGCCCCAGCGGGCAGCGCGGGCCGAGGUAUCGCCCCGCCGGGAGCCUGCGUACCCCGCGCUGCGCGCGCUUGCCAACGAGCUGCACCCCAUCAAGCUGCAGCCGCAGCGGAGCGGCCCUGGCCGCAUUGCGCCCCUGUGCGCCACUGCCGGCCGCUGCGCGCCCCCCGAGCCGCCCGCCGGGCCCGCCCCCCACGUUCGCUGCCGCCUGGACAUCAAGCCCGAUGAUGCGGUGCUGCAGCAUGCCGCCCGGGGCUCGCGGCCGUGGGGGCCCGCCGAGAGCGCGCCCUGGGCCCGCGCCGCCCCGCAGCUCCACGGCCUCACAGUGCCCGGGCCUCGCCACGUGGCGCUGUCGCGCACCCCCACCCCCAGUGACACGUACUGCGCAGAUCCCCGGGCGCUGUACUGCGACGGGCCCCUGCCUGGGCCCCGGGACUAUGCGGAACGCCGAAGUCUGCCCUUCACCCCCCCGCCAGGCCCCACCCAGUUCUUCUACACUGAGGAGCCCGAGGGCCACCCCGGCGGUUUCACAGCCAGCCCGGGUCCUCCCUUCGACAGCUACUACGCCAGGCCCUUCCCGUCCGAGGAGCCCCCCGGGCCCAGUCCAAGGCGUGGGGCCGGCUACUAUGCUGGGGAAAUGCGCACCUUCCCGGUCCAGGAACCGCCCUCCCGUUCCUACUACGGGGAGGCCCCCCGAGCCUACCUCCCUCCCUGCGGCCCCCGCUAUGCCCCCGAGGAGCCCCGAGCCCACCCCGCCGCCCGUCCCUUUUAUACAGAGGACUUCGGACGGUACCGCGACCGCGAUGCCUUGGCGCGGACUUACCCAUACCCACGCGGCAGCCCAGCCUGGGGCGACUGGGGCCCGCGGCCUUACCGCACCCUGCAGGUGGCGCCUCCCCCGGACCCCGGCCCAUUACUCGCCUCGUGGCACGGUGGCACCGGCACCAGCCCGCCCCGGCUGGCCACCGACACCCGCCACUACUCGCGUUCCUGGGACAACAUCCUAGCGCCCGGGCCGCGCCGCGAGGACCCUCUGGGCCGCGGCCGCAGCUAUGAGAACCUGCUAGGGCGCGAGGUGCGGGAGCCUAGGGGCGCAUCACCCGAAGGCCGGCGCCCGCCCGUGGUGGUGAACCUGUCCACCUCGCCCAGACGCUACGCGGCGCUGUCGCUGUCGGAGACGUCGCUGUCCGAGAAGGGCCGCCUGGGCGAGGGCCUGGGCCGCAACUGGUAUGUCACGCCAGAGAUCACCAUCACCGACAACGAUCUGCGCGCCGCGGAGCGCCCAGCCACCAGGGGCUGGGAACGGCCAGGAGGCCGCCAGCGGCCGCCUCCGCCGGCAACCCUCGAUGGCCCCACCUCUGGCCGCCAGCGCAGCCUCGAGCAGCUGGACGAGCUCAUCACCGACCUGGUCAUUGACUCGCGGCCCCCAGCCGGCCAAGCCCCCGAGGCCGCGGCCGACGGCCUGGGCCGCCAGCUGCACCGCCUGCUGGACUCGCGGCCCGCGGGCCCCGGGGCCCCCGCGCUGGCGCCGCGCUCGCCACCCGCGUCGGCGGGCAGCGCCGAGGAGCCCGCGGGCCCGGGGCAGGCGGCCGACGGGUCCCCAGAGCCCAGCGCCGACGAGGACGACCUGAUGACGUGCUCCAACGCACGCUGCCGGCGCACUGAGACCAUGUUCAAUGCCUGUCUCUACUUCAAGUCGUGUCACAGCUGCUACACCUACUACUGCUCGCGCCUGUGCCGCCGCGAGGACUGGGACGCGCACAAGGCGCGCUGCGUGUACGGCCGCGUGGGCAGUGUGUGCCGCCACGUGCUGCAGUUCUGCCGCGACAGCGGCCCGGUGCACCGAGCCUUCUCACGCAUCGCGCGCGUCGGCUUCUUGUCCCGCGGCCGCGGCGUGCUCUUCCUGGGCUUCCCGAGUCCCGGCUCCGCAGACAACUUCCUACGCUUCGGCCUCGAGGGGCUGCUGCUGUCGCCCACCUACCUGUCGCUGCGAGAGCUGGCCACGCACGCGGCGCCCCUGGGCAGCUACGCGCGCGAGCUGGCGGCUGCCGGGCGCCUCUACGAGCCGGCUGAGUGCUUCUUGCUCAGUGUGUCGGUGGCCGUGGGCCCCAGCGCCGCGCCCCCCGGCGCACCCUCCCGGCCCGCGCCCGCGCCGCGCAGCCCCGGGCCCACGGUGCGCAAGUUCGCCAAGGUGGCGCUGGCGGCCGGCAGCCCGGCGCGGCCACCCCCGGCGCGGGGCCGCGAGCCGGACAUGGAGACGUUGAUCCUGACGCCGCCGCCGGGCACGGCGGGCCUGGACCAGGACGGCGAGGCGGGCCGCCGCGCGCGCGAGGUGGCCUUCAUCCACAUCCAGCGCGAGCUGCGGCUGCGCGGCGUGUUUCUGCGCCACGAGUUCCCGCGCGUCUACGAGCAGCUCUGCGAGUUUGUCGAGGACAACCGGCGCUUCACGCCCACCACCAUCUACCCCACGGACCGGCGCACUGGCCGCCCCUUCAUGUGCAUGAUCAUGGCCGCCUCUGAGCCGCGAGCGCUCGAUUGGGUGGCCAGCGCCAACCUGCUGGACGACAUCAUGUAGCUGGCUGGGCGCACCCGCGCUCUGCCCGGUCCACCCAGGACCCAGCCGCGAGCUCCGCCGAGCCCGCUCACACCCCGCCCAAACCGCCCAGGCCCCGCCCCGUCCACUCAGGGCUCACCCCCCCCCCCGAGCUCCGCCCAACCCACUCGGGGCCCGCCCAGCCUGCUCAGACCCCGCUCUGUCUACUCGGGCUCUGUCCAGCCCGCUGAGAUCCCGCCCAGCUCACUCAGGCCCUGCCCAGCCCACUCAGGACCCACUCAGGACCCACUCAGUCCACUCAGGUUCUGUCCAGCCUUCUCAAACCCCGCCCGAUCCACUCAGGGCCCGCCCAGCCCACUCAGGCCCCACCCAGUCCACCCAGGGCCCACCCCCGAGCUCCUCCGAGUCCACUGAGACUCUGCCUAGCCCGCUUAGACCCCGCCCGAUCGACCCAGGGCCCAUCCUGAGCCUCGCCCCCGCCUCUCCUAAGCCCCGCCUCGAAUUCCCCAUCCCCGCCCUGCUCGCCGCAAGCUCCGCCCACGUCCCGCCCCAUUGCGUUGGCCACAGGCCCCGCCUUUCCCUACCCUCCUCCUUACAAGCCCCCGACCAGUCUCGCCCGACUGCCUCUCGCCCAGCUCGCUCUUGGACCUCCCCAGAGGCCGGUCCUCGGCCGCAUGGUGCUCUCCGCUGGGAGAUGGGGUGGGCCUGAGGACUGCCGGGCCCUGCCUUCACGCGGAGAGGUCACUACUGCAGCCCUCAGCGCGCAAAUCCGGCCCGUCCGUCCCCUGUCGUCUGCAGGGCCUCCCUGGAACCUCCCCAACCCUGGUUCGCCCUGGUCCAGGAGCCCAAGUUGACCGAAGCCUAGUCCCGUCCCCUCAGACACGCCCCCCACCAGCCUCCUGUGGUCUGGGGUGCGUCUUGCUCGGAGGCUUUUCCUCUCUGGGGGACACCUUAUUGACCUUGGUCCUGCUCUUGUGGGCAGGCCCGACGGGGCCCUGCGCGGUGCGUUUCCGCUGGCCCCAGCCCCCGCUGGAGAGGACACAGCCAGACCCCGAGCCCGCACAUACACGGAGCUGCCCGCCCUGCUGACCUGUCCCGUCUUGGGAGGGGAAGCCCCUUGAGCUUGGGGCCUACAGGAGGGGUUGGGACAAGCAGCGGUGGAGAAGUACUCGGGGAUCCACAGUUGAGGCGCAAGAUGCCCAGCCAGAGGGGAAGGAGAACUGGGCGGAGGAAGCAGAGGGUGUGGGUGGGGACGCUGCCCAGGCGCCGGCCCAGAGCUGAGACCUGGCUGGGCGUGAGUCAGGGUACCUGCUUACACCAGACAGGAUGGCUCUAGGCGGGUGCCACGGCACAACGCGGGUGCAAAUGGCAGGAGGCCCUAUAGGAAGGGCUCCUACCCGCUGGUGCAGGGAGGACAGCAGAGGAGGGGCGUUACCAGCUGGGAGCCCAGCGGGGGAAAGCGAGGGUGGGAGCUGGUGCGGGAGCAAGCUAGUUCGCCAGGGCGGGAGUCCACCGGAGCAGUGGGGGCGAUUGCACAAACGCCCCCGCGCGCGCUCUGGCUGUGCACUGUGCUGCGGGCUGGCGACGCGAGGCUGGCGGCCGAACUCCCGCCCUCGGGAGCGCACGCUCUGGUAGCCCUCGGACCCCGCCCUCCCCUGGGGUGCACCAUGGCCCCGGCCCGGGCUCCAUGGAGGGCGAGUAACCAGGAGAAGGGGCGAGGCCGGGAGCCCGCAAGCGCCCCCGGCUUCGUUCCUGGUGCACAGCCCCGUCCGUUCCUCCCUCCCCCACACGCCUGCGCGCCCGCCUCGGCCCGCGUGUUUAUACCCGCCACGCGCCUCGCUUGUCCCGUUCGCCCUUGCAGUCCCCCAAGUCCAGCCGCCGUGCCCCCUGCUCUUGGGCCUCCGCCUUCGGCCCCACUCCUGAGAGCCUGCCGGCCGGCCAGGAACCACCAAUACCGGAAUUAUUUCCAGAGGGCGAGCGCUUACUGAACAAGUAAAACAACUCGAAUGUA